UAUUUUUUUUACAGAUCUGAAAUGAAGGUGGCACAUUUUUCAUUCAUCAGAUGUGAAAUAAAACGUGAAUAGAAAGCAAAAAAAAAAAAAAAAAUGUCACGGUUGACAGAGUCGGCGUGUCUCGUCGCGUUUGCGACCACAUUCGCGAUCCUGUUCUCAACCCAGGCCUCAAAAGUCCCGACCACCUCACAUUUGACCAUCACCUACGACGACAUCGUCGCCACGAACAAAUCCUGCAAAGAAAAGGACUCAUGCGAACUGCGGAAAACCGACCGGAAAAUGGACCUCGUCGACUGGAAAGUGCGCAAUUGUUUUUGCGAUGCCCAGUGUCGCGAUUACGGCGACUGUUGCGUCGACUCCAAGUUCUUCGACGCUGUCGAACAACGUCGGAAUCGACAAGCCUUCUCCUGCGUGUCCCUGCGACAAUUCGGCACCAUCUACAUGAAGGACUCGUGUCCCGAGGACUUUGACGACGACGAAUACGUGGCCAAGUGUCGGGAUGACGCGAGUCCGAUUGAAGAUCCGUUGGCAACCAUGCCCGUGACGAGCAAAGCGACGACUCACACGUACAAGAAUUACUAUUGUGCAGCGUGUCACAAUGACGUGACGAGUCCGAUUGUGUGGGUACCACGAUUGGAGUGCCCGUCGAUCAAGUCUGGUGUUGUCGAGGACUUGACACCGUCGGUGGUGAGUCGGCAAGUGGAUUUCGAUCCCGUGUCGAAGCGAUGGGGUGUGAGGACUGGUGAAGGCGAAUUCCAUGUGUGUCACAUUGAUCCCGUGAUCCCGGAAUUCAUUGCACCGUAUGUGAGGAGUUGUCGGAUACAUAAUGGCACGUGCCCUGAAGGUACGGAUGCUGACCUGGCUGCCAAAUGUGAUUCAUACAGCGCAUACGUCUACAACUUCGAGCGGGCGUUCAGAAACGUGCACUGCGCCCAGUGCAACAACGUCACGCUCUCCAACCACCACUGCAUCAUGAACGACUUUUCCCGCGGGAUUUUCGGCGAGGAAUUCGACGUUGCUGCGUUCUCUGUCCUGCUCGACAUCUCCCUCUCAUCUGCCAGCCACGAAUCCGCCAGCGUCGGCAAAGUCGCCAUUUGCGAACCCAAUCAGCUCUACGAUCCGUUCUUCAAGCGCUGUCGAGACUUGUACCGGCCGAAACCGUCUGCCAAAAACGGCACGGAUGCCUCUGGCAACGCCACAAACAACGCCUCCACUACCACGUGUCCGAAAUUCACUCUGCUCGACACCGACUUUGACUUCGUCGCCAACGACAGCAUCUUCGUCGCAAUGUAUAACAAGACUUAUUCGAGCGGAGACUACGAAAUUGUGAAACUCGGCGACGGGAAAAGAGCUGUGAGGAUUUGCGCGGUCGGACUCGCAGACGCGGACAAGUUCACUCCGUUGAUGGGCUACGUGAGCGCCAUUUGCAUUCUGGUGUCCAUCUUGUGUCUCCUGUGUCACCUGGUCGCGACGGCGUUUGUCCCGGAGCUCAGGAACCUGUCGGGAAAGAACAUGGCCGCCCUGAGCACCGCGUUACUCCUCGCCUACGUUUUCUUCCUCGCCGGACAAUUCCGGACUGUGAAAGAGCACGUUUGCGCCGGUGUCGGUGCCGGGAUGUAUUUCUCGUUCCUGGCUGCGUUCUGUUGGAUGAACUGCAUGGCGUUCGAUGUCUGGCGCAGUCUGAGACGAGCCACGAGUGAAUUGCGUCUCUCGAGUGGAUCUCAGUUCCGGAAAUUCGCAGCGUAUUCUGCGUAUGCUUGGGGCCUGCCCGCCGUGUUGGUGGCAGUGGCGCUGGUGGCGGACUCGGCGCCGGGGGUGGCGUUGGCGUUGCGUCCGGGGUUCGGCGUGGCGUCGUGUUGGUUCGGCCACAGAACAGCGUUGCUGGUUUACUUUGCUGCGCCGUUGGCUGUGGUGAUGGCGAUGAACGUGGUUUUCUUCGGGCUGAGUGCCGGCAUGAUUUAUGCGACGUCGGAGAGCUCGAGGAAGAUCCGCACGGGAUGCAACCCCACGAGGAUUGACUUCAAGUUGUACACGAGGCUGGCGCUGAUCAUGGGGCUCACGUGGGUCGUGGGGCUGGUGGUGGGCGCGUUGGACGGACAGCUGGAGCCGCAUUCGCUGCUGUUUUUUGCGCUCUGGUACCUGUUCAUCGCCCUCAACGCUUUGCAGGGACUGUUCAUCUUCGCCACGUUCACGUGCACCAAGAAGGUGCGGAACGGGUUCCGAGACCGCUGGCAAGCCCUGCAGCGUCGACGCGGCCCUGGCAAGGAAUCCUUCUCCUGGUCCUUCUCCAACUCUGGAUUAUCGGAAGGCGGGAAAAAGCGCAUCAUAGAGUCCCAGGACUCCACGGACUCGCAAUUGUCUGCCACCAUGACUUCGGGUUCCGGUGCGAAGCUCGGGAUGUCCCCGUCGGGUGCCGAGUAAAUUUUAAAAUGAAUCGAUGCAACAACAAAAAAGAAAGAAACGAGCAAGACUUAUAUGUUUGUCUGUCCGUUUCCUGUCUUCCUUCCUUCCUUCCGCGGCGCAAAUCAGAAUUGAAGCGUUGCUUCGGUUAAUGGACUUGAUCCGUCUCAGUGGAUUUACUAAAUGAAAAAUUCAAUUAACUAAAUGUAACGGCUGAUGGGGGGGGUUUCAGACACUCCCAAAAAAUCGAUCGUUUAAGGCGAAUCCGUUCUGGAUUCCUGAAAAAUUUCCUUCGUGAAUUCUUGAAUAAAUUACUGAAUUAAAAUGGUGUAAAGGUUAAGAAAUGUAGUUGAAAAAAACACUCGGAAAUGGGGAAAUCGUUGCGCAACACGAAUGAGAAUAAAAAAAAUAAAAGUUUAUGCGUUUGAAUAAAUUAGGCCGUGUGCAAAAUUUACCGCAGCAACGUGAAUUUUCUGACAGGCUAUGAAUUUUGAUGCAGUCCAUUAUCUAAAGCUGGGUCCAUGCUGAAGGAAUAAAAAUAAAAGAUCUAGAACCCCAAUCCGCUGUGGAAAAAAAAACGUACAAAAAUCCGUUUUCCGGGGAAAAGACUGAUUUUUCUUUUGAACCCCGUUGCUCAAAAGAAUCGAGAAAAAAAAAUGUUCGAUCUUUCUUCUGCACCAGGAAAUUCGACGCGGUUUGCGUUUUAUUUUUCGAUAUUGCGAAAUUCGGGAGUAGUAAGAAAAGUUCCGCUAUCGUGCAUAAUUUGAGGUAGAAGCUUGAGAUUAUUCACGAAUUUUAUUGCUGGUUAUUUUUGCAUUGUGAUGUGUUCUGUGCCUCGUAACUUUCGUUUUCCUCCAAUGGUAGGGAAUCUGAUUUCACGGUGUAAGCGUUUAACGCGAUGUUCGGUCAGUGGAUGUGAGCAGCAUUUCUUUUAGCAUGAUAAUCUCUCGAGGGUGGGCAAAAAAGCGGUAUAUUUCAAUGCAGAAAAAAAGGGGAUUUCUUUCCCUUCAUGUUUGUUGCCGAAAUUUGUGACAUAACUUCGCUUUUGAUGAAGAUGAUUUUAUGAUGGGAAAACGAACAAAUGAACAUGUUUUAAAGUCCAAGUGACCGCAUUGUAUGCGCAGAAUUUUGACGGGAGGCUUUUAUGUUUGAGGACUUGACAAAGACAAUCUCAUCAUGCUUUUUUGUAUGUAUUUGGUAGCGCGGUUUUGUUUUUGCGCGAUAGACACGGAUUUCGUGUUUUUUUUGUCUCAUAAUUUUUGAUUGAGAAAAUAUGAACAACUGAGAGGUUUGUUCGACUUCUAGUCUUGCCUGAAAAAGAGCUGCGUGAUCAAUCUCUGUCAUAUCAAAGAAAGAAGAAAAAAACUAGAACAAAAACUGGGAAAGCGUUCGAUCAUCUUAUGAAAAUCUCUCAGUCUGAAAAUCUGAUGCCUCGCUUCUGUGAAACUUAUGUGAGCAGAUAUCCUGAUAAAAUUGAGUCGGUGGGGGGAAAAAAAUCAUGAAUUUGUUUUGCAUUCUGCUGCAUAUUUCGAGCGUUGUGAAAGACUGCUCUUCGUCGCGACUGAACUUGUCUGAGUUUUCAUACUGAGAGGAGGAGGAAAAAGAAAGGAGGACGACUCGGUCUUGGUUUUUAAAGACGGGAUUUUUUCAUGUUGAAGCUUGAUGCGUUUUGUGAGAAUGUUGAACAAGGGCGAUUUUUGCGGAAGAAACAAAAGACAAAAGCGUUUUUUUCUUUUGA